CCCUCACAGCGAACACACGUAGAUUCUGAUUAGAUUGAGUGGAAAAUAGAGCUAUAGAAGACUGUAAGCCCAGAAGAACACACCCGAUAAUCGCGUAAGUGACCGACCGGAAAAGAUCUGUGUUGUAAUGACCGAGGAGACGGUCGGCAAGCCCGUGCUAUGCGUGGGCUGCACGGUCAUCGAUUUUGUGACGAUCACCAGCAGCUACCCCAAGGAGGACACCGAUCGACGCUGCCUGGACGGUUUCUGGCAGCGAGGCGGCAACGCCUCCAAUGUGAGCACUGUCUUGGGCGUGCUGGGGUCGAAGGUUGACUUCUUUGGAAUGCUGAGCAGAUCGGAUGCGUUUCGAGUGCUGCUGGAGGAUUUGCGGCGGAGGAACAUCGGCACAAGCCACUGUCCGCAAACGGACAAGGACCCGCCGUUCUCAUCGGUGAUCCUUGCCCAGGACUCUGGCACGCGCACCAUCAUCCACUGCAACAAGAACUAUCCGCAAGUCACCUGGGAGGACUUCAAGAAGAUCGACCUAACGCGAUACGGAUGGGUCCACUUUGAGGCUCGCAAUGUCGCAGAGACUUCCAGGAUGAUGCAAAGCAUUGUAGAGCACAACCGCAACAGCGGCGAACGCAUUAUCAUAUCCUUAGACUUCGAGACGCUGUACGAACAGAACCUGAAGUUGUGCUAUCCCUGCGACUAUGUGGUCUUCUCCAAAGAACUGGCCAGCCAGAAGGGCUGGAAGAGCCCCAAAGACACUUGCGAAUUCCUUGCCGCCAACCUGUCUUUGCAGGGGACACUGAAACCACCGGUGAUCAUCUGUCCCUGGGGUAGCGCAGGCGCAGUCUGCCUGGAUGCCAGUGGCAACUACCACGAGCUGCCUCCGUACAAGCCCAAACAGGUGGUGGACACACUGGGCGCGGGCGAUAGCUUCAUGGCUGGCUUCAUUUAUGGCACCCACGUGCAUAAGUGGGAUUUAGCGGAGGCUGUGGACUUUGCCAAUCGUGUGGCCAGCCACAAGAUCAACAAAUUCGGCUAUGAUCACAUUGGAGAGCUUAGAUUGGCCUAGAAACAAUGGGAAAUAGCUCCAGCAGCUUGGUUUUAAAAGAUAUUCCUAUCGAAAGUCUCCAUAAUCCACUCCUAAGUGGCUCUGCAGAAACUCUGCCUUAUUUUCGUUGAAAGUUUCUUGCUGCAUCCUCAAGGAUGGCAGAGCUUUUGUAUUUUCACAAAUUUUAUAAACUUGUCAAAGUCAUUACGAAUAUAUGUAUGUAUGUGUGUA